AUGUUUUCAAUCAUUGAAACUACUUAUGAAACAGAUGAACAAUUGAACGAGAUUUUACAUGAUGAGAAACGUAACUCUCAUCUUUUUAAUCUUGCUCAAGGUCUUGUCUUUCGAUGUCAUCUUAUUUACUACAAACAAAUCUCUUCAAAUCAUCUUCUUUCUCACAAAGAUCUACUUAUUUUCAAUUUUCAUCAUGCUCUAUUUGACUUUCCAUCAAUGCAGGUAUUUCAUCAUGAUCUCAAUCAAGCAUAUACAACAGGUCAAUUAUUGUACGAUGACAACAGUGAUCUUCGUUAUCUUGAUUAUGCUGUUACUGAACAACAAAUGUCAAUGACUGGUGCUAGUAUGUUUUGGCUUCAUGCUCUUCAUGAUUGUAAACUUGAUCAAACUUUACCAUUGCCAUUUGAUCGAUAUCGUCUCUCAAAUGAACAUCGAACUGGUCGUGGAACAUCUGUUUCUUUCCAUUUUGGUCAAGAUCUCUCACAUGAUUUUCUCACUCAUGCAUCAUCAAAUAACAUAUCACUUGAACAUCUCACAUUUGCUAUUAAUUUCAUUUUUCUUUUUAAAUUAACUAAUGGACAAACAGAUUUAUGUCUGGCUAUGAACAUUAAUAAUAAUCGAUAUAGAGAUGAACUCAAAUCAAUUAUUGGAUUGUUUGAAAAUAUCGUUCCAUUACGAUGUCAAUUAGAUCCACAUUGGUGUUUUCAUGAAUUACUCAAACAUGUUCAAGACAUAACAACAAAUAGUAUGAAAUAUUCAUAUUUUCCACUCCAACGUAUUCUCAAUCAACAUCCACAUAUUUCAAAACAUGCAUUUUUGGAUAUAUCUCUGGAAUUUAUAUCAUACGAGAAUAAUAAUACAGUGAUGAUUGGUGAUUCUCAACUUGUUCCAGGAUCUUUCUCAUUUAAUAUUAAAGAAGAUGAGAUAUUAAGUGCAUCCGACUUCUCACUUUCUAUUUAUCACGAUAUAAACAUGAAUCAACUGUCAUGCACAAUCAAUGCAUCACUUGACAUAUUCAAUAGAAAUACAGCGGAGAAGAUUUCACAACGAUUUCAUUUCAUCUUACAUCAAUUAUCUGCAUCUGUUGUUGAUAAUCAAAUGAACAAACCAAUCUAUGAACUAUCAUUAAUAUUGCCAAAUGAACGAUAUCUAAUGCAAUCAAUGAAUAAUACACAAAUAUCAUUUUCAUCUCCUCUCACUUGUAUUCAUCAUGAGUUUGUGCAUCAAGUAAUGAAAUAUCCACAAAAACUAGCUGUUGAACUAGAUGAACAAUCAUUGACAUAUUGUGAACUUCUAUAUUAUGUUCAAGUAUUAUCAUUAACUCUUCUCAAUGAAUAUUUUAUCACUCCAGGUACGGUUGUAUGUCAAUGUGUUGAGCGAAGUUUGUCAAUGGUGAUUGGUAUUAUGGGAAUUGAAAUGGCAGGUGGUGUUUAUUGUUCAUUAUCACCUCGAGAUCCACAACAUCGUUUGCAUGCAUUCAUACAACAAACACAAAGUCGCCUUGUUCUUGUUCAUUGGUUGACCAAAAUGGAAUUUAAUAAUGAUAUUCUAUUAGCUGAUAUUCAUUCGAUACUUGCUAAUAAUGAUGUAAUAAGCGAUGCUGAUUUUGAUCGACUAUCAUGUAUUACAGUCACACCUAAUAAUAUUGCUUUUAUCAUUUUCACAAGUGGUUCAACGGGAAUACCGAAAGCGGUAACUGAAGCUACUAUAGUUUCUACCUUUUAUAGAGUACAUUCCAUGACUAAUACACAAAGUAUUCCAAUUGGUACGCCAAUUUCUAAUUACCGAUGUAUGAUUAUAAAUGAAUAUUCACAACAAUCAAUCCCUAAUCAAGAUGGUGAAUUAUUUAUAGGAGGUAUUGGUGUCUUCGCUGGUUAUCUUAAACGUGAUGAUUUAACAGCAAAAGCUCUUAUCGAAAUAGAUGGUGAACUAUUUUAUCAAACAGGUGAUCUUGUUACAAUGGAUAGCAAUGGUCUUCUUCAUUAUCAAGGAAGAAAAGAUCAUCAAAUCAAACUACAUGGACAGCGUAUUGAACUUGGUGAAAUCGAACGAUGUUUACUCAACAUUGCAUCCAUAUCUGAUUGUGUUGUCAUGAAAUGGAAAGAUGAUUAUUUAGUUGCUUAUGUUCAAAGUUCUGAUGUUAAUGAACAGGAGUUGCGUGAACAUUGUCAAUCUCAUCUUCCACCACAUAUGAUUCCAUCUUUCUUUAUUAUACUUGAUAAAUUACCUUUGAAUCAAAAUGGAAAAAUAGACAGAAAACAUCUACCACCACCUAAUUUUUCAUCGUCGACUGACAAUCGUGAUGGUAAUGUGCCGCGCAACACCUUAGAACAACAGUUACAAGAUAUAUUUGGCCAAGCUUUUCAUAUCGAAUCUCCUCAUGUUGAAAUUCCGUUUGGUCAACUUGGUGGAACAUCGUUGGAUGCUAUCCUUGCACUUACAUUGAUUCGUCAACAAAUCUGGAAUAAAGUUGACAUUGGUCUUUUAUUUACUAAUCCAUCUGUUCGACAACUGGCUCAAGCUAUAAAACCUUUAUUAAUUUUCGAAGAACUACAAGAGACAGCUUCCACAGUUAAUGAAUUUCAUGAAAUACAUGAUUAUCUUGCACCUUCAUUUGUCAUCGAAUCUUUAGGUGUUAUGCUUCUUGUUUGCCAGUGGUUGUUAUCAAUCAUGAUCAUUCAUCGAUGGUGCCCACUUCUUUUUCCUAUCUUACCAGUAUGCCAUCUGCUAUUCUAUAUCAUAUACUCACGUCUAAUUUCACCGCGAAACAUCAAAGACCACAAUAUUUUCUCUUGGAACUAUUAUCGUUGGUGGUUUUUAGAUCGACUAUGGAAUAAUAAUACAUUUUGGCUACAACAUAUACUUGGUACACCUUGGUACAAUUACUAUCUUCGUCUUUGUGGUGCUCGAGUUAGUCUGAAUGCACAUAUUUAUACGACAACCAUUGAUGCUCCAUGGUUGUUAGAUAUUGGUGAUGAAACUUGGAUUGCUGAUAAAACGAAUUUAAACUGUUUAUAUUUCAAUGAUGACUAUACUUUUGCAUUACAUUCAAUUAGAAUUGGUUGCUAUUGUUCAAUUAGUGUUCGAUCAAUUCUGUUUGGAGGAGUUGAUAUGCAAGAUAAUAUUAUUGUUCAGCCUAUGUCAUCAGU